GAAGGCCGCGCCCCCUCAUGCCCUUCUUGCCAAUCGGGACGCGUCUCGCGCUGCAGUUUUUUCCGGCCGCGGUCCUCUGGAAGCCUCACCUCGCGGUCUUCCCCAAGCUUCCCUGUUUGUUCUGCCAUGUGAUCGCGAAGGGGGCGGAUACAAGGCUGCAGUCCUAGCACGUGAUGUGAGAAAGGUGUCCUUUUUGACUUCUUGAUCCCUGGCUCGAAAGUCAUCUGGAAGGUUUCGAACUCGGGCCUGGGAUGCCAGCACACAAAGCCUAAAUCCCCCCGGUUUUUAGCCCUGAGCUCCUAAACCCCACCCUUUAUGUGUCACACCCCACGUUUGAAUGCCUAAUUUGACCUAUGACCCUAAGUUUCUAAAUAUUAUCCCAAAGAAAACGUUAACCUCUUAAUCUGCUCCUGAGCCUAUCCCCAACCCACAAAAUUGAGAUUUGGGAUUCAAGGGCCAGCCUAAUCGAAACACACACAUACACAUACACACACGCACACACAGACAUCAACCUACAGAUACUUCAGGACUUCAGUCAACGUCAGUCCCUGCUCCUGUAGUUCCCAAGUUUAGCCCUGUUUCCUAAAAUUCUGGGCCUUGGUUCUCAGACCUUCAAAAUCACCAUCUUUGAGCCUAAUCAUUUUGAAGGAUCCUUUCCUCUUCCAUUUGCAACCCCUAGGUCCUCCCUUAUAACCCAAAAUGACUUCUCCAUGCUCUUCUCCCCUAGAGACCCCUGUCCCUCAAAGUGCCCCUGCACUCAAGGCCCCCAUUAUGCCACCUCCUCCCCCAACCCAGAGCCCCCCAGACUUAGAUUUUCCACCUCCUCCCUUGAGCCUCCAGGUCCUUAUCCCUCCACCACCCCCACCACCCCCUCUACCCCCUCCACCCCCUGCCACGGGGACAGCGCCGCCUCAUGUGUUUGGCAUGGAAAAGAGUCGGCUCCUGAAGGAGGCCUUGGAGAAGGCAGGCCCAGUCCUCAAGGGCACAGAGGACAUCAAGAGGCUCCUGAAGGUGCACAAGGACCGGAGGGUGCCCCAAACUGGGGACCGGGAGCCCUGGGCUUCUGUCUUGCUCCCUGGCUGGCCUUGGGAUGGAAAUAUUUCAGAGGUGACUUGCAGUGGAUCCUCUUCUGUGCUGACCUGCCCUCCCUCAUCCAGGAAGGCCCUCAGUGCGGACUGGUGGCCUUGUGGAUGGCGGGCAUGCUCCUGGCAUCCCCCAGCGGCACUCCCCUGGAGAGCCUCAUGCAGGUGGCCAAGGACAGAGGCUACACCGCCCAGGGGGAGAUGUUCUCGGUGGCUGACAUGGGCCGCCUGGCCCAGGAGGUGCUGGGCUGCCAGGCUGAGCUGCUCUGCGGCGGCCUGGGUGGUCCCAACAGAGACCGCGUCCUGCAGCACCUUGUCGCCGGACACCCCCUGCUCAUCCCCUACGACGAGGACUCCAACCACGAGCCGUGUCAGAGGAAGGGCCACAAGGCCCACUGGGCAGUGAGUGCAGGGCAAGAGUUGGCACUACCAGCUGUGGGACUACAACCAGCUCCGGGAGAGCAACCUGCAGCUGACGGACUUCUCGCCCUCGCGGGCUGCCGAUGGCCGAAUGUAUGUGGUGCCCGCCGGCGGGGUGCGCGCCGGCCUCUGUGGCCAGGCCCUGCUCCUCAGACCACGGGACCCCAGUCACCAGCCCGCUGCGGCCCUGAAGAGCCAGGCCACGCAGGGCCUGGGCACCGCCACCAUUUGAGGAGACUGUCACCUUCUGUGAAGCAGCACAGGGAUUGGGCUGGAUCUCUGAGGCCACCAGCCCAGAAAUUCCUCACGCGGCCCCCCAUUCAUCCAGUCCUGCCCGAACCUGGACAUCAUCCUGCUCCCCCCAAGCCUGUCACCAUCAGUGUGGAGCCAGCAGACAAGGUCCCUCUCCAGGGGAGACUCAGCUCAGGCAUCGCGACCUGCCCGCCCCGCUGCACCUGAGAUCUGUCUGUUCCUCACAGUUGAUGUCCUUCUUCUAAAGUCCCUCUUCUAAACCCCUGUCAUCCCCCCAGGCAUCUGUGAGAACCUCCUCAGCGGACACUCCUCUGCCGCCACCCCCCAGCUGAUCACCCAGGGGCCCGAGGGAGCCUUUCAGAAUGGAGACCGGGUCGCACCACUCUCCUGCCAGAGACACUGGCCGCAGGAUGGAGCCGAGGAGAGGAGGCCCCAGCUCCCCUCUCGUCAUCCCAGACAGUUCUCCCCACAGUUUCUGCCCUCCAGGUCCCUGAAGGUCAUGCCCCCUCCCCCUGCCCUUCCCCUUAUCUUCCUGACCUUGGCUCAGAUGUCAGCUCCUCAGGAAUCCCUCAGCCCCAGGCCGUGCCCCUCCCCCCAACUCCUGUGUCCUGAUGGUUUAGAAGCAAAAAGCCAGUGUCUGUGAGAGGAGGUCCAUGCGCCUUACACAUGCCAACUCAUCAAAUCCUCCAGCCACGAUAGGGAGUCCCACAUCCUCCCCAUUUUUCAGAUGGGAGGUGAGGCCUGGAGGAGUGCAGUCACUGGCCUAAGGACCUCUGGCUGCAGGUGGCAGGGCCAGGAUUCCAACCAGGCCGUCAGGGCCGGGCUGCCUGCCGGGCCAGCUUCCAGCUCCACGAACUUUCACAUCACGACACCAAUCGCAAAUUGCAUCCUUCCUGUCUGUGUAGACAUAAAUAUACACAUAAUGCAUGUGGCUAUAGGAUUAAUGGAUACUUGUCACCCUGCUGGUUUGGGAGCUCUUUGGGGGAGGACCAGAUCUGUCUGGGUCAUUGCUGUAACCCCAGUGCCUAGAAAAGAGCCCCACAUAGGGUGCAUGUCCAGUGUGGAGGUUCUGAGGAGUGAAAGAGGUAGGGGAGCGGUCUCCCAGCCCAGCCCCAGCCCCUCUCCAGGGCCUCCCCCUCCCCAGCGCUCUGGGCUGUCAUUGUCUGCACUGACUUGGGAGCCUGAGGUUGUCUCAGUCACUGCUGGGUCCCCUGUAGCACCCACCCAGAGCCAGGCACGAGGUAGCAGCUUGGUGACUGUUGGCGGGUGCUUGAGCCAGCCCGCCCUGAGCCUGCCUCCCUGCCUCACACUGAUGAUUAUCCCAUCACCCCACCCAGCAUCAACGCACAAGUUAUGAGGGUUGAGCCCACACACUCCAGGUGCAAAAGAAAAAGCUUCACAAGUUUGACGUCGAAUGGCUGUUUAUUGGGAUGGCAUCAUGGGGGAAGGCACAUACUUGGCCUCCUGCUCUCCCAACGCCACCCAUCUACCAGCUACCUCUCCUAUAAAUAAGUAUAAAG